AUGGAGAAUCACGAUUCGACCGAUUCGAAGGACCCUGCGAGUUUCUUGUCCUCGAUUAUCGGUGUGCCGGUCACCGUCAAGCUCAAUUCUGGUGUGGUCUAUAAGGGCGAGUUGCAGUCUGUGGAUGGCUACAUGAAUAUCGCGCUGGAAAAGUGCACCGAAUACGUGAAUGGGCAAUUGCGAAGGAAUUAUGGCGAUGCCUUUGUGAGAGGGAACAAUGGUAAGAGAUUGCGAUCUUCUGUUUCUCUAUAUGGACAAUCGCUGGGAGUUGUGGGAACGAGGUCAUUGGGUACAUGCUGA